GGGGAUCGACGCGGGACCGAACGGGAUGGAAGCGGCCUCAUGUUCCGGCGUCCUCCUCCUCACGGCUGUGCCGCGUCCCCGGAGGCGAUCCGCCGGUACCUUCUCCAGCCAGGAUUCUUCAGCCCGCGUGGUGGGGCCGCCGAGUGAAGAUAAGAACAGGCAAUUGCAGGAACGACUGGAACUGGCUGAGCAAAAGUUGCAGCAGACCCUGAGAAAAGCUGAGACUUUGCCAGAGGUGGAAGCUGAGCUGGCCCAGAGAGUUGCAGCACUUACGAAGUCUGACCUUUUGUCUCCUGGGAGCUCUGCUGCUAAAGAUGCAAAAGUGUUGGAACUUACCACCAAGCUUAGGAAGGCUGAGGAGAGACAUGGCAACACUGAGGAACGACUGAGGCAGAUGGAAGCACAGCUAGAGGAGAAGAAUCAAGAGCUGCAAAGGGCUAGACAGAGAGAGAAGAUGAAUGAAGAGCAUAAUAAACGUUUAUCAGAAACUGUUGAUAAGCUGCUGUCUGAAUCCAAUGAAAGGCUCCAGCUUCAUCUCAAGGAAAGGAUGGCUGCCCUGGAAGAUAAGAGUGAAAUGACCAUCUGGGGAAAAUGUUUCAGUAAAAACUGUGUGAAUUUUUCUUUUAAAGUCAAUAAAACACUUCAAUGUGUAGAAUGAUGUUUUCAGACUUUUACUAAGUGUUUGCUUCCUCUUGCAUUUAUUUCAACUCAAUUCUCAUCCCUAAACCAACAGUCGGGUGUCAGAUGACACAUCUUUGCAUCAUUCCAGGACUCUGCUCCUCUCAGAUCAUUACAGGCAUUUAGUUCAUUUCUUGCCCUCCUUUUAUACUCUCAGAGCUGGGAGGAAUUGAGUGGUGCAGAAGGAACAUAGGUCCUACUUUUGUCGUUUGAGUUGAUGAUAAAGGUGCUUAUCUGGCAUCUAAGGCUGCAAAUUUGCCUUGUGUUUCUUAGUUAACAUCACUAUUUUCAACAUUACCAACU